AUGGCCGGUCGUGAGGGGGUGACGCUGACUCCCUUCUCGAUCCGCUACAUCUUGGACGGCUCUCACUGCGGGCCUGGGGACGACUCCACCGGGGACCCCGAGAAGGACCUCUGCGAAUGCCACCGUGACCCCAGCGACGAGGGGGAUGAUGACGACGAUGAUGAUGAAGAGGUGGAGGAGGUUCAGAAAAAGGAAGACGAGGAUUUUGAGGAGGAGCCGGUGGGAUUGGACUCGGCGAGAUCGCGUGAUGUGGUGAGCCAGGCCACUCCCAGCAGCAGCAGCAUCAGGAACAGCGGUGGGAUCGCCAACACCAGCAGCAUCAGCAGCAGCAGCAACAGCAUCAACAGCAGGAGCAGCAGCAGCAUCAGCAGCAGCAGCAGCAUCAGCAGCAGCCCAUCGAGAGUGGUCGAGACCCCGCGCGGGGGGGACCCCCUCCCUCGGAAGAAGCGGUCCCGAGCGGCCUUCACUCACGCUCAGGUGUUCGAGCUGGAGCGUCGCUUCAGCCAGCAGCGCUACCUCUCGGGUCCCGAGCGCGCCGACGUGGCCGCCACGCUCGGCCUCACGGAGACCCAGGUCAAGAUCUGGUUCCAGAACCGGCGCUACAAGACCAAGCGGCGACACGUGGCGGCAGCGGCAGCAGCGGCGGCAGCAGCAGCAGCGGCGGCGGCGGCAGGGAGUGCACUGCACCAUCACCACCUCCAGCACCACCACCACCUCCAGCAGCAGCAGCAGCAACAGGCGACCCUGUGCGCGCUGGAGCAACACCACCACCAACAUCUCAACCGCAGCGGCAACCACCACUUCCACGCCCUGCAGCACUACCGGCUACAGCUGCAGCAGCAAUUGCAGCAACGUCAUCAUCAUCAUCAUCAGCAGCAGCAGGUGGUGCAGCAGCUGUCCGUACCCGCGGCGCGCAGGGUGGCUGUGCGCGUCCUCGUGCAGGAAACGCAGGGGGUCUGUGGGGACCCCCCCGAAGGCCGCCCGGCCAACACGGCCGGAGCCUUCGCUGGCCUCCCAUCUGGACCCCAAUACGGACCCCUGUGCGGAGCUCUCGCUGGAGCCCCGGGGCUCGGGGACCUUCGCGCGCUGCUCCCGAUACCCGGAGCCGCGCGAUCGCUGCAGCGCGACCUCGCCUCCUUGGCACCCAUUCACCAUCAUCAGCAGCAGUAUCAUCAGCAAGCCUUUCCGCUGGCUGCAGCACUGCUACAGCUGCCCGCGUAUUGGAGGCCCGGGCCUGCGGGGCCCUCGCUUCUCCAGGUCCAGCAGCCGAGCCACGCGUUCACGGCUCCCUUCCAGCAGAAGCGGUGAGGACGGCCCCGGCGGUGUGGGAGGUGAAAAACCGCGGAGGGGGGAGAUCGUCCACCCUCGUUCGUCGUAGACUUAAUGAGGAGUCCGCAGCACCCCCGAGUCUCCCCCUCCGGGUAGACCGGACACCACGCCGGGCCACCACCACCAGCACCACCACCACCACCAGCAGCAGCCUCUCCAAAAGACACGUGGCCAGCAGCAAGCGGUGUCGCGAGUUCACAACCUGGUCGGGGUGGGAGGCUGACUCAGCCCAUCAUCAUCCCUCCUUCACGCCGGGGGCCAAUAAAAUGAGUUACACUUUGUGGGGAAAGUCAACAGUGGUUGUCCUAUGGAAUGACUCGCCCCCAUCACAUGAAUGUGGAAAUCCCACCACUGGCUCUUCAGGGCUUUAAAUAGAUUAGCGCCAAUGUCUCGAUGCUUAUUUGAACAGCAUGGAAUCACUCUGGCUUUGUGUGUUUUAAAGAGAGCAAACGCUGAACCGUUUCGACAUUCUGGCUCUCAUCAGCAGAACCAGGCCAUGUUAAAUGUAGGCCGGUGAAUUCCUCGACGCUCCUGGAAAGAGUCCCACGCACACACUCAGUCCGCGUUGUCGACUCCCCAGUGUGAAUCCGGCGUGCGUGUACGUGUGCAGUGCCGGCCAUAAUAGGUGCUCGCUAACAGCACUUGCCCUAGCAGUCUGCAUGGCUACACAGGGGGAUAUUUGUAUUGUGUGGUUGUGCAGUGUUGGUUAUCUUCAUGGGUGCUCGCUAACAGCACGGUCCCCGUGGACCGCACUAAUAAACGGGAGGUCCCUGCACACGUGCGUGUGGCUUUAUGCCUUAAUAGGCGUUCACUACUCAUGGCACUUGUCCCGACAGUCUGUAGAGGCUACACGGAGGAUCUUUGUAUUUUUGUGCUUUUGUCAAGUACGCGUGCGAUGACGCUCCCCGCUGGGGUCCGGUGGAUGAUCGGGACUCGACCCGUGAUGCACACUUUUACAAUCGUCGAGUUCAAUUCCUGCUAAGGGCGCGAAGGAAGUCGCCGCUGUGGUGAGCGGACAGCGGCCUCGAGUGGCCGUGAAUGAGCGGCGUGAACGAGCGGCGUGCGACCCUCGCCACGAGGACUCUGACCGCGCGCGCAGUCUCCCCGGCACGCUUCGUGGGGGCGUUCGCUGCCCGCUUGGUGCAGAGCUUCGCGGUUCGACUCCGGGCAGCAGUAUUAAUCAGGCCGCCCUGAUUAAUACUGCGGUCUAUGUAUUAACAAUAAAAUAUGCUUAACUGUACAGAAAUUCAACACACAUAUAUACAUACAAUAGGCGACGUUUCGGAAAGUAGACCCUCUUCAUCGCACGUAAGAUGAUGGCUUCACAAUUUAACAUUUAAGAUCCAGUGACGAAACGGCGUCACGGUCCGAAUAGUGAAACAUGACACUGUAAAUUAAUCACUCAAUCGGGAUCAGUACACAGCAUUAGUACACAAAGCAGUGCACACAGCCGCACACACAGCAGCACACACAGCAAUACACACAGUAUCAGUACACACAGUAUCAGUACACACAGCAGCAGUACACACAGCAGCAGUACACACAGCACAUACAGCAGCAUACACAGUAGUACACAUCAGCACACAACAGCUACAUAAAGGAUAGCGCCCACACCACAGAUGCUGAUGAUUUGAUGUUAUUUAUCUUGAUUUUAAAUAAACGAUGCUAUUAGUCGAUGCUGUUAGUCGAUGCGUGAUUUCACCCCGAGUGCCCGAUACCCGUAGUGGAGCGUUUGUGCGAAAAAAUCUGAAAAAACAAACAAAUAAAUAACUCCACCUCGGGCUUUCUUACAGAUAAAUAAAAUAUAUUUAGAUUUAGCACAUCAACUUAUCGGGCUUCCACACGCAACACUCUGGAUUUCGGCUGUCUGGGCUCGUCAGAAGAGUCGGGUCUAUUAUAUAUUUAUAUAUAUUACAUAUAUAUUUAUAUAUGUGUGUGUC